AUGCUUCGCGGUAUGUUUGCAUCCAAAUUGGCGCUCUUGCGUCAUACGCGGAUAAACUUCACCCCAGAUAAGGUGACCCCGGCGCUCGCAGCCGCUAUUGGGGGUAUAAUUGCAAAGGAUCGUGUAGUCGUUUUCCUCACUGGCACGCCAGAGAAGCCACGCUGCCGAUUCACGGCACAAAUGGUGGAUAUGCUGCAGCAGUUGGAAGUCCACUACAGUUUUUGUAAUAUCCUCGACGAUGACGAGGUGUGUGAGGGACUCAAGACGUAUAGUGACUGGCCAACGUACCCACAACUGUACAUUGACGGGGAGCUUAUUGGAGGAUACGAUGUGUGCAAAAAUAUGCUGUUGAGUGGCCAGCUGACACAGCUCCUCAAGGAAAAGGAACUUCUAUGA